GCUGCAGCUUGGCUCGCACCAGCGGCGCGACAAUAAACAAGUGCACUGGACUGGGCCCUGCAUCCGCGCCGGAGGAGAUGUCUCAGACCCCUGCGAUGCUAACUGGGUUGCCACCUCCUCAGCGCCCAGGAGGGAUGACGCGACUUUCUCUGAGUUUUUUAGAGUCUCCGGGAUGCCGGGACAUGCCACAGGCGUAGAACAUUGUUCCUGCCCCCCAGAUCCCCCAAAGGAUGUCGAAGAUAGAGAGUUCCAAAUAAUGACGAUCGUGCGGCGCAUCUAGGGAAGGGAUAUAAAAAAAAAAAAAAAAAGAAAGAAAAGAAAUCUGCAAACACCGAGAGCGAUGAAACAGCCAAGAGGAUGCGUGAGCCGUACAAAUAUUAAUUAGGGGUUGCGGCGGCGGCAGCAGCGGGCUCGGUGCGGGGACAGCGGCGGCGGGAUCCCAGCGCGGGGGUCGCCGCUGCGCAGGGGCGGAAGACUGUACCGGAGCCGCAGCCGCCGCGGGAGCCGCCAAAGGGCCGGUGCCACCUUCGCCCGCCCCCUCACUACCAUGUACAGUGUGCGCUGCAAGAAGAAGGCGGGCGAUGCAUGCACACCCCCGCGCCCCGCUCCCUCUGGCUCGUCUCCGGGCGUGCGCCGCUGACCAGGGGGAAAUGUGGUGAAGACCGCGAGUAGAGCCGAGGGGGGAGGGGAGGGCCGGCCGGCGUGAACCCAGGCCGAAGGGUGCGAGGAACCGGAGGCGGCUAGAGGGGGCGGCGGCUGCUGCUGGCUUGGAGAAAGUUGCCACCUCUGCAGAUGGCAACUGAGGUAAAAUGCACACUUGCUGCCCCCCAGUAACUUUGGAACAGGACCUUCACAGAAAAAUGCAUAGCUGGAUGCUGCAGACUCUAGCGUUUGCUCUAACAUCUCUCGUCCUUUCGUGUGCAGAAACCAUCGAUUAUUAUGGGGAAAUCUGUGACAAUGCAUGCCCUUGUGAGGAAAAGGACGGCAUUUUAACUGUGAGCUGUGAAAACCGAGGGAUCAUCAGCCUCUCUGAAAUCAGCCCUCCCCGUUUCCCAGUCUACCACCUCUUGUUAUCUGGAAAUCUUUUGAACCGUCUCUAUCCCAAUGAGUUUGUCAAUUACACUGGGGCUUCAAUUUUGCAUCUGGGUAGCAACGUUAUCCAGGACAUUGAGACCGGGGCUUUCCAUGGGCUGCGGGGGUUAAGGAGAUUGCAUUUGAACAAUAAUAAACUGGAACUUCUGCGUGAUGAUAUAUUCCUUGGUUUAGAGAGCCUGGAGUACCUACAGGUCGAUUAUAAUUACAUCAGUGUCAUUGAACCCAAUGCGUUUGGCAAACUGCAUUUGUUGCAGGUGCUUAUCCUCAAUGACAAUCUCUUGUCCAGUUUACCCAACAACCUUUUCCGUUUUGUGCCCUUAACGCACUUGGACCUGCGGGGGAACAGGCUGAAACUUCUGCCCUAUGUGGGACUGUUGCAGCACAUGGAUAAAGUUGUGGAGUUACAGCUGGAGGAAAACCCCUGGAAUUGCUCCUGUGAGCUAAUCUCUUUGAAGGAUUGGUUGGACAGCAUCUCCUACUCCGCCCUGGUGGGGGAUGUGGUUUGUGAGACCCCCUUCCGCUUACACGGCCGGGACUUGGACGAGGUGUCCAAGCAGGAACUUUGCCCCAGAAAACUUAUUUCAGACUAUGAGAUGAGGCCGCAGACGCCUUUGAGCACCACGGGGUAUUUACACACCACCCCAGCCUCGGUGAAUUCCGUGGCCACUUCUUCCUCUGCUGUUUACAAACCCCCCUUGAAACCCCCUAAGGGGACCCGCCAACCCAACAAGCCCAGGGUGCGCCCCACCUCUCGGCAGCCAUCCAAGGAAUUGGGCUACAGCAACUAUGGCCCCAGCAUCGCCUACCAGACCAAAUCUCCGGUGCCUUUGGAGUGCCCCACCGAGUGCUCUUGCAACCUGCAAAUCUCAGAUUUGGGCCUCAACGUCAACUGCCAGGAGCGCAAGAUCGAGAGCAUCGCAGAGCUGCAGCCCAAGCCCUACAACCCCAAGAAAAUGUAUCUGACAGAGAAUUACAUCGCUGUGGUGCGCAGGAGCGACUUCCUGGAGGCCACCGGGCUCGACCUCCUUCACCUGGGCAACAACCGCAUCUCCAUGAUCCAGGACCACGCCUUUGGGGAUCUCACCAACCUGAGGCGCCUCUACCUAAAUGGCAACAGGAUUGAGAGGCUGAGUCCAGAGUUGUUCUAUGGCCUGCAGAGCCUGCAGUAUCUCUUCCUCCAAUAUAAUCUCAUUCGCGAGAUUCAGUCUGGGACCUUCGAUCCGGUCCCAAACCUCCAGCUGCUAUUCUUGAAUAACAACCUACUGCAGACCAUGCCCUCAGGCGUCUUCUCAGGCCUGACCCUCCUCAGGCUGAACUUGAGGAGUAACCACUUCACCUCCUUGCCGGUGAGUGGAGUUCUGGACCAGCUGAAGUCACUCAUCCAAAUCGACCUUCACGACAACCCUUGGGAUUGUACCUGCGACGUGGUAGGCAUGAAGCUGUGGGUGGAGCAGCUCAAAGUGGGUGUCUUGGUGGACGAGGUCAUCUGCAAGGCGCCCAAGAAGUUCGCUGAGACAGACAUGCGCUCCAUUAAGGCGGAGCUGCUAUGCCCAGAUUACUCGGACGUGGUAGUUUCCACGCCCACGCCCUCCUCCAUCCAGGUCCCCGCGAGGACCAGCGCUGUGACGACCGCCGUCCGGUUGAACAGCACUGGGGCCCCCGCCGGCUUGGGCGCGGGCGGCGGUGCGUCAUCGGUGCCCUUGUCGGUGCUGAUUCUCAGCCUGCUGCUGGUUUUCAUCAUGUCCGUCUUCGUGGCUGCCGGGCUUUUCGUGCUGGUUAUGAAGCGCAGGAAGAAGAACCAGAGCGAUCACACCAGCACGAACAAUUCCGACGUAAGCUCCUUCAACAUGCAGUACAGCGUGUACAGCGGCGGCGGCGGCGCAGGCGGCCACCCGCACGCGCACGUGCACCACCGCGGGCCCGCGCUGCCCAAGGUGAAGACGCCCGCGGGCCACGUGUAUGAGUACAUCCCCCAUCCACUGGGCCACAUGUGCAAAAACCCCAUCUACCGCUCCCGGGAGGGCAACUCGGUGGAGGAUUACAAAGACCUGCACGAGCUCAAGGUCACCUACAGCAGCAACCACCACCUGCAGCAGCAGCCGGCGCCGCCGCCGCCGCCGCCGCCACAGCCCCAGCAGCAGCCCCCGCCGCAGCUGCAGCUGCAGCCGGGGGAGGAGGAGAGGCGAGAAAGCCACCACUUGCGGAGCCCCGCCUAUAGCGUCAGCACCAUCGAGCCCCGGGAGGACCUACUGUCGCCGGUUCAGGAUGCCGACCGCUUUUACAGGGGCAUUUUAGAACCAGACAAACAUUGCUCCACCACCCCCGCCGGCAAUAGCCUCCCGGAAUAUCCUAAAUUCCCAUGCAGCCCUGCAGCUUACACUUUCUCCCCUAACUAUGACCUGAGACGCCCCCAUCAGUAUUUGCACCCGGGGGCAGGGGACAGCAGGCUGCGGGAACCGGUGCUUUACAGCCCCCCCAGUGCUGUCUUUGUAGAACCCAACCGGAAUGAAUAUCUGGAGUUAAAAGCAAAACUAAACGUUGAGCCGGACUACCUCGAAGUGCUGGAAAAACAGACCACAUUUAGCCAGUUCUAAAAGCAAAGAAACUCCCUUGGAGCUUUUGCAUUUAAAACAAACAAGGAAGCAGAUACUCACGGUGAACUCUUUUUGAUUAAUUGUGUUGUUUCAACGUUUAGAGUGAAGUGCCUUGGCACGAGAUUCUCAGUUUCCGCGGAAGAUACUGAAAGGGUGUGCAAUUUCCUUUUAAUUUUACACGUGGGGAAACAUUUGUGUAAACUGGGCACAUCACUUUUUCUUGCGUGUAGGGGAGAAGAGAAGGGCUUUUUGGAAGCAAUUGUCUACGCAGGUGACUUAAAGGUCGCAGUCAUUUUUGUAGUGGUUGGAAGUGCUAAGAAUGGUGGAAGAUGGCAGCGCAUAGAUUCCACUCUUCCUCUUUUGCUCCCUUCCCCCCUCCACUUCUCCCCCUUUAAGCCAUGGGUGGGUCUAGAUGGCUUUUGUGGCAAGAUUAGCACACCCCAACUUUAAUAGAAAGUUAAUUCGCUUCCUUUCCCCCAUCCUCCUUCUCUCUUUCCUCUCUUUGCCUCUUUGCCUCCCACCUCAUUCUUUAAUUUCUUUUUAAAGGAUGUGUUUGUAUGCAUUCUGGACAUUUGAAUUAAAAACAAAAGUAUUGUGAUCUCUAAAAGGAUCACCGUAGAUGCGGACAAAUCAUUAAAAUUACAGAGCUAUAUGAUCCAUAAUUGAUUAGUCAAAAUAACUUAUUGAUGAAAUAUACAAAUAUUUUAUUGUAGCACCUAUUUUUAUAUGCACAUUUAGCAUUUCUCUUUCAUUCACUAUUUAGCCUAUGAUUUUCACAGAGGUGUCGCACUAUUUCAGGAGCUGCAUUUCCUAAACUGAAGUGCUAUCAGGAAGACAUUUUAAAUCAUUAAAACUAUGGAGAAUUUAAUGGCAAAAUUUUAAAGCCAAUGCAACCCACCCAAUUGGAUCAGUAAUUUAAAAAAAUAUAUAUAUAUGUAUCUCAAUGUAUAAAAGAAACAAAUUUGGGCAAUUAAUUGGGCCAUUCGAAUGAGAAUCGUGUGCAAGUUUCUGGUUUAUUAGAGAAGAUUUAAAAGUAUUUUUAUUAGUCAACCAAAAUUAUGUAUUGAUUUGACUACUAUUGUAGCCAAUUUUUGAUUGUUUAACCAAACCCCGUUGCAUUUGUACAGAUCCACGUGUACUAGCACCUCAGAAGACCAAAUGAUGGACUGUACAAAUCUCUAUAUAAUGUCUUUAUCCCUCUGGGCAGCAAGCAAUGAUGAUAACCACAAACAGGAUCUCUGUAAGAUGGGGCUACUGUUGUUACAGUCUUAUAUGUAUCCCAGCACAUGUAAUUUUUUAAAUAAUUUCUGAAUAAACACUUGAUAACUAUGUCAAAUAUGAGGGAUUGAAGUAAUGAUUACUUAAAGAAUGAAAGAAUUAGCUAUGUGUGAUUGACUGAAUCUCCAUUAUUAACAAUUUAGGACAUAGCAGAUAAUUUAUUCCUAAUAGAAAAAUGUUUCCCCUAUCAGAUUUAAAAUAUAUAUAUAUGAUUAUUCCUAUGUUGGUUCAGGGAAUUAUGUUUUUCUAAAUAUGUCAUUUAAGGUGUUUAUUAAUGAAAUUUUAAUUGUAUACUUUUUCUUACUGAAAUAUUCAUCUAAUACAUGGAGCAUGGUAAGUAAUAUAUUGCAUAUUCAUUUUUCUCCUAAUAUUAUGUAUUUUGUCAUGUCAAUAUUAUUUAUUCAAUCUACAAAUUUCCAUAGUUUCCAUAUUUUCACUUGUGUAAAACUACCUUCAACAAUUGUGAUGGAUACUUUAUCUCAAGUUGAUCUAUAUCUUAAACAUUCAAAAUGUUGGUAGGAAUGAGCUGUUCACCUCUGAAUAAGGUUUGCCAGUGAAUUUAGAUUGCUAUUUAGGGUUAGGAAACGUUUGAAUUAAUCUGAAAAUUAAAGAGCCAUGUUCUUCAUUGCUAUUGGUGGGUCUUCCCAUAAUCUCACCUGAAAUGUGUACAAUAUCAAGGGCUGUUCAUGAACUUUAUGUUUAAGGAACACUUUCCAUGGCAUUCUGCCACAAAGAGGCAGCAUUCACCCAUGAGUAAAUUGUAAGUAACUGCUUGAAUUCAGGUUGAACAGGUGGCAAUAGUUUCCCUGAGGAAUUAAAAAAGUAUAUAUAUAUAGUAAUGCUAUAUUAGCCAAGUGAAAUAAACUAUCCCCAUUCUGUGCAACAUUUUCCCUUCCAAUUUUUUUAAGGAGAAAAGAACAAGAUUAAUAAUGCCAUGUGAUAAUAUCAUGAAAAAUUAAAAAUGUUUCUCUUACUUUUCAUCUACCUCCUCCAUAUUAGAUCCAGGAUUAGGAAAGAAAAAUAAAUAUUAUCAUUUGAUUUCACAAUUGGGGUUGUUAUUAAUUUCUCUUCACAAUGGGAGUUAUUUUUCUUUAAAAAAUGUCAAAAUCACUUCCUCAAUAUAUGUAGAUAUGGUGGUGGUGUAUAAAUUAUAAAAUAAUAAUGAAAAGUGGAAACUUCCAUGUAACUAAGUUUUAUUUCCUAAUUGAUGCAUAAAAUGUGGGAGAGAAGAAUUACAUGAAAUUAAAGAUGUAGUUCUGGACAAUAUAAAUAGCUUCCAAAGAAAGUUAAUUGUUGUACUUUUCAAAGAUUUACAAAAUAACGUUUUUGAACUAGCACUAUUGCACAUAAUUUGUCACAUAUACUCUCUUUAGGUGGCUCAUUUAGACUUUCACUCUUCCUAAGAUGUCCAACAUUUUUUUAAAUCUCAGAAAUAACAAUUAUAUGGUAUAUGAAAACAAGUUACUUCUAAGUUCUAAAUUAUAUUUUCCCAACUGUUAAGAGGAUAAAAGCAAACUCAUAAUUUCUCUAAUAAACUUGAAAAUUUUUUGACAUGUAAAAUCAUGAAACUGGAUAGAAUUAAAAAUGAAUUAUUUCUUGUACAUGUUUUCUUGUCAAUACAGUAACAUAUACAAUAGAACAUAAGUCGUGUAGUUUUCAAUAUUCGAUUUUUGUUUUUUCUGGUUGUUCGACGAAUAAAUAAUUAAAUUGAGUAUGUCAGUGGUAUAUGAUUGAAUUAAGGGACUCUGCAAAUUUUCUCCAUAGAAUUUUGGAGAACAACAAUAUGUAAUGUUUCAGGCAUCAAUUAAAAUUUGGAUGCAAACUAA